AAAGAAGAGGAAAACUAAUUUCGAGAACUAGCCAAUCCGAUGCAACCAAAGAACCUAUUGUUGCCCCUAUUAAAAUAGCUUCUUCUGCUAUGCGAGCUCCUGGUAGAAAGACAGGGCACGAGCAGCAAGGACACGAAAUACCAGAAGAAUUUGUUUUCGAUAACCACGAGCUGUGUCUACUAAACUUUUGUGACAUCCCACUGGAAGUUGGUAAAAAUCGCAGGAUGCGAAAAUCGGCCAAACUUAAGACCGUGUCCAUCAUAGACACGCUUAGCGAACUUGCACAGGGAGCUGCGGAUCGGGAGGACGGUUCCGGAUCUCAUCCGGUAGUCGGCAGAGGAAGAAAUCGAAGAAAAAAUUCCCAUUUAGAUUUUCCAGAAAAAACCAUUCUUCCUCGAUGGGAAAUCCAAAGGAGAGGAAUUCCUGAGCAUCCCAAGGACAUCCAAACCGACCUAGCAUAUACCACUAAUUAUCCUGCUACUGUUCAUAUGGAUAGAGAUUGGUCCCUGUUAGACUCUCGUCAGACGAGACACCAAGAAUCGAACUCCUCGAGUCGUGACUUGCGCGUGGGAGAGACGUACACUUUAUCCACGUCUCAAGGAAAAUCGAAACCUCGCAUGCCAAUUACAAACUCAUCUAGUCCCUCCGAAGACGCCAAUAGUGUGUCAUCUCGGCAUUAUAAGUCCGGGAAGUGUCGUGGGGCGAUAGAUCCGAGUCACGUGCUUGGGGGCUCACUGAAAAGAACCUUGAAACAGCUACGAAAGGCCGUAUCUUCUACAGUGGUGGGAGAGGAAGGCAUGUUUUUUGAUGAGAAACAGAAUUUGAAAGUAAGACGUCAUCACGGGAAGCGACUAGAUAGAGACUAUGCUCGUUUGUGCUUGUCUGAUAGUGAACUUAGGACCGGUGAUCUUAAAAGUUUACCAAGUGACGUCACUUCCGUUUUGUCUGUUCGUAAUCCAUGUACACAUAGUAAGUCACGUGUAUUUCAUUCUGGGCUAGACGUUGUCGCUACGAAAAGUGUUGAUAAUUUUAAGCCUAAUCUCGUUACUAACACUUCGGUAAACAAGUCCCGAGAACUAGCUCCGACGCAGAGGAUUUCCCAAUCAAAGGUAGGGGGCGCUUCAAGACGAUGGUCUCGUGCACCAGAAUGGAUUCGAUCGAUUUUUACAGCUGCAAAAAAAGGAGAGUUAGAAAUUCUGCAAAACUGCUUGAAAGACAUGGACGUCGCUUUAAUUCGAAACCUGUCCGACCGGAACGGGAACAACUUGUGGCACGUGUGUUGCAACCAAAACCACCUCCACUGCCUUCAGUGGCUUUGUAAUCACGACGAUAAUGAGGCUCUGAAAGAUGAGAACAAGAAUGGGUUCACACCCAUUAUUUUGGCCAUUAGGCAUGGAAAUAUUGAAAUCGUUCAGUGGCUGUUAAAGAAUACCAACUGUGCAAGUUUAUUGGAGCCAUCAGUGAGAGACCGGUCACUCCUGCACUACACAGCAAAAUAUGGUCAGGAACAACUUGUUCACUGGUUAGCAGAGAAUGUUCAAACAUCCAUUAAUUACUGUGACUCCGAAGGUGACACUCCUCUUCAUGUUGCAGCUAAAUAUGGUCACAUUGGUUGUGCAAAAGCCCUUAUUCUUCAUGGCGCAGACGUUACGGCUAAAAAUGAGCUGGGAUUAAACCCACAUGACCUCGCGAUCUAUAGUGAGCGUCCAUCUUGUGCAGAUUACUUUACAGUCAUGGAAGCUUGUCUAUCCUUGUCAGCAGGACAUCUCUUCUUGGAAGAUGAUGUACAACAUUUGCUCUCAGAAAAUAUGGAAUUGAAGUCACUGGUUAAAGAGUUAUUGUCCUUGUCCAAACAUUUACUCAAGCAACAAAAAGAGAUGUUGGAAAAUUUUAAAGUGAUUCACUUGGACCUGGAUACAUUUGAAACAAGUUUAUCAGAAGAUGAUGGCAAAGGAGAGAAAGAGAAGAAUAGAAAAUUCUUGAAUGAAUCUCAGAGCUCAGGAAGCACACCUGAAGACCUGCCAAACAGUUGGCCAACUAGAGGACUACUUGAAGAAGAGGUUAAAGAAUGGUAUACACACAUCUUGCCUGGGGAGGAAGCAAAACUUCAAAUGAUAGAGGACAAGUGGAGGAGGCUGAGGAUGCAACCCCACAAAGGAAUGGAGGAGAGGAGGCUACCACUUGACAUACUAAAAUCACAGUUUGCUCAAAUUCUUGCCAAGUCAAGCAGUCCGAUACUGGGAGAAGCCUCAAGGAUAGUAUCGUCAUCUGAGAGUACCCUUUCUCUUGAUAGCUUAAGUGAAGACGAGAAAGAACUUCCACCAGAGAAAGAGUUCCACGGUAUACAGAAUUUAGAUACAUCUGCUUCAUGUUGUUCUACUAAUCUCCAAUCACUGCAGAGUAUGUUAGACAUUGAUAUGAAAUCAAUCAACUAUUCAGACAGAGAAAUUAGUAAUGUUUAUUCCCAUUAUGAAAGCAAGUAUGGAAAGAAGAUAAAAGAUUUAAAAAAAAAGUCUACUCCCAUUACGUCUUCAACCACUGCUAAAGUAAUGUUGCAGGAGAUUGAGAACACAAGCCUACAGUCUUUAUUUGACAGAAAUCCAGAACUACGACAGGAAGGGAAAACAUGCUCAGUGCUGGAAGUGUUAGAACCUUCCAGUAGUGAAAGUGAAGAAAAUUCCAAAAUUAAGAAGAAAACAAAAAGCACUGGAGAUUGUAGGAUAGAGAAAAAUUAUAAUGGAAACAGUUCCUCCAGCUCUGUGCAAUCGGACAAGGACUAUAAGAUUGGGCCUUCUUCGAGCCAGAAACUUUUUUCUGUGCACCAAAAGCCUUCUUCAGGAGAUGUCUCCUCUCCCUCAAACAGCCAAGAAAAAAAACAGGGUCCAGAUGAAACUCAGGAAAAUGUUUUAACAGAAAAUGUUCUUCUUUCUGGCAGAUCUCAACACCAUUGCAACCCUUUAACUUCAACACUUGAAAGAAAUAUAUGGAAUGUUCACUUGUCUCCUGAAGAUGAAACUAAAUGCAGAUUAUCAGCACAUAAUCCAAUGUCUAAUGCACAUCUAUCCCAGGAAACUCAAGUCAAAACCAUUGAUGCUGGACGAUCAGGAUUUCACGAACCUGAUCUGAUUCGAGAAACCAAAGUGAAAUCAACAUCACUGCCAGCAUCCAAUCCAUCACAAAAACCAGGGAAAACAAGUUGGAAAGCACAUGAUCGAAGAAGUGAAGUGAAGUCUACUCCUACCAAGACUAAUCAGUCUGUCAAUGAACAGCUCAGUUCUAUUGUUGAACCUGGUUCUGAAGUGACAAUACCCUCAGGAUCUCAGGGUAAUACAGCAAAGAUGAAAGGUUUCCUGUCAAAACUUUCCCUCAAAGGUAAAUGGGCAUUGAAACAUAAGUCUCGAACACCAAAGAAACUAGAUGAAAUCUCAGCAGACGAGUUUCGAGAAAUGUAUCCAAGAUCUGCUGGUAUAAGUGAAAAUAAAGAUAAUUUGAUUGUGUCAGACUUGUCAACUGUUUCUAGUCAAGAUGUUAAGAUAAUUAACUCUACAAAGGAAGCAACAAAAAAAUCAUCUUACGUACCACCACAAAUGCACAUAACAGAAGAUACCAGUACUUGUAAGCAGUCUUUUCUAGAUGCUUUACUAGAAGAUCAGAAAAAUGGAGUGGUGUGUGCACCAUCUGCUGAGAUGAGUAAUACAUCUUCUCAACUUUUAAGACUAGAAGAGCUUCCAACACCAUCAGUACUACUCCCUCCAAGAGGAGAACCUCCACCAGCUCCUCCAGCUAUACAGAGAAGUGGCAGGAACACUCAAGAUGCAACAGCAAUCCAGAAUUGUUCUGACUCAGAGACACUGGGGGAACCUCUGGAAGGAGCUUCGACCUGUGAUACACCUCUGGUAGCAACAGUUCUGCAAGGGCAAAAGCGUUCCAAGAUGUCCAAAGCUACCUCUCCUUCUGUACGUAUCAAAGACUGCCAAUUUCAGCAGUCCUUCGUGGUCUCUUCCAAACCUAAUUCUUUAUCUCGUCCAGCAUCCUCAGCCUCUCGGAUUGACUCCUCUUCUCAUGCAGAAGAUAAUGAAAAAUCUUCAGAGUUCCCUUUAACAAAAGCAUUUUCUACAUCAACAGAACUGUUAAUUACACCCGAUUCCUCCACAGCUGGACGACAAUCUCCUGCUCCAAGUGAGGUCUCUAAGACAGAAAGUGCCCUGUCACCACCAAGUGAGGUAUCUAAGACAGAAAACACAAAACCCCAUCAUCUAGGCAAGAUAGAAGAAAUUGUCAAUCGCGAAUCAUCAUCUCUGACUACUGUCCCCAUGAAGGAACCCAUGGAGGUAAAGACAGCUGCCAUAGUAGACAUUACACAGCUUCCCAAGACAGGAGAUGAUGGACAAAUCACCACUGGACAUGAAAGUGACCCAGAAGUAAAGAGUAACUCUUCUGAACCAGAACACAGAAAGGAAAUUAAGGUAGAGUUUAUCGUACAAGUUGGUGUAGUUGAUAACCUGUACGUAUUAUGUGAGUGUUCUCUUUCUAACGUUAUACAGUAUCGUUGUUAUUAAUAAUUUACCUUGACACAAAAAACAACCAGUAAAAAAUGAAGGUUAUAUCAAACUUACUUGUGGUAUUAGUCGAUUACU